AUGGCGGCGGCGGUGGGACUGGCCGAGCGGGGCUAUUUGGAGCUCGGUGGGGCGGAGCGGAGCGCACGGGGCGGCGUCCGUGAACUCGUAUUCAGCCUCCCAGGUGGUGGCGCGUCCCCCUCGGCCGUGCGGUAUCCUGACAGCGCCGGAGGGUUUUGGUACCAAGAGAAUGCACAGCUGGGCUCGGUGACUAGAAACCGCUUUAUUCAUUGGACAACCUCAGGCGGGACAUUAGAACUGGUAGAGGAAUCCCUUGACAUAAACCUUUUGAACAAUGCUGUUCAGAUUAGAUUUCAAAAUUGUAAUCUCUUGCCGCAAGGGGUACACAUCUUUGAGACCCAAAAUCAUGUUGUUAUAUUGGUUUCAACCAAUCAAACAGUACAUAGAUUGAUGUUACCUCAUCCAGCUCGGAUGUAUAGAAAUGAACUGAUUACAGAAAGUCAAAUGCAGUCUGUUUUCACAGAUAUUGGAAAACUUCAUUUUAGAGAUCCAUUGAACUACUGUGUGAUCCCCACAGUUCCUGGUUUGUCACCUAAUUCCACUGCUUCAGCAGCUUGGCUUACCAAUGAUGGAGGAUCUCUCUUUGCUCUACCAUCUGCUUCUGGUGGGAUUUUUGUCCUUAACCUACCACCUUAUGAUGCUCAUGAGAUGCCUUCAACUUCAUUUGUGGAGUUGAAACAGAGUUCAGUCAUGCAGCGCUUGCUUACGGGUUGGAUGCCAACUGCCAUCAGAGGGGAUCAAAAUCCUUCAGAUCUUCCUGUUAGUUUAUCUGUCCACUGUCGUGAACAUGACGCACUUCUCUUUGCACUCUACCAAGAUCAUAAACUUCGGAUGUGGUCCUAUAAAAAUCAAAUGUGCCUGAUGGUGGCUGAUACGUUGGAAUUUGUUCCUGUAAAUAAAGAUCUGAGACUUAUUGGUGGAAGUGGACACAGAUUACAGCUGGCAUAUUCUGAGUCAUUGGGGCUUUAUAUUGGUGUAUACUUGCAUGCACCCAGACAAGGACAGUUCUGUGUCUUCCAGCUGGUCAGCACAGAGAGUCAUCGCUAUAGUCUUGAUCACAUAUCAUCGUUGUUCACAUCUCAGGAGACACUUAUUGAUUUUGCUUUAACUACUUCUGAGAUCUGGGCACUUUGGCAUGAUGAUGAAAAUCAAACUACCGUGAAAUACAUCAAUUUUGAGCACAAUGUUGCUGGUCAGUGGAACCAAGUUUCUGUUCAGCCCCUGCCAGCUGAAGAAGUGAAUAUACGAGAUGAUCAGGAUCCCAGGGAAACGUUUACAGAGGCUAUCUUCCUGCCCGGUCAGUUCACAAAUGCAGCUUUGCUUAAAGCUUUACAGAUUUUUUCUCAAGAAGCUGAGAGAUACAAAGACCUGUCAUGGGAUGAACUGAAAAAAGAAAUUACUAUCGCUCUAGAAGAUGAGUUCCAGGGCAAUGUGACAGAAUAUGAAUUCUCACAUGAAGAGUUCAGACAAUUACAAAUAGAAUUCUGGUCAAAAUUCUACGCCUACUGCCUUCAGUAUCAGGAAGAACUUUCACGACCACUCGCACUUCUCUUGAAUCAGUAUACUAACAUGGUGUGUUUACUAAAAAAGGGUUACUUUUCUUUUCUUGUGCCAUGUUCCUUAAUGGAUCAUCUUUAUCUCUUGCCUGAUGAACAACUGAUUAAUGAAGUUGAAAGUGCUGGCUUAGACGAAUCUGAUUUUUCUCAUGAUCUUCUGAGCCUCCUUCAGUGCCUUCGAUUAAUUGGCGAAUCGGUUUCUGUGGAAAUGGCACUCACAAUGGAAAUGGCUUGCUUCCGUCUCCAGUCUCCAGAGAGAGCUGCUGAACAGAUCCUUAAAGACUUGAUUGCUAAUGACACAGAAAAUAUGAUGGAAGAUAUUCACAGCAAACUACAAGAAAUCAAAAGUCCAGUUAAUGCUAUUGGGAUGCUUAUCCGGGAAAUGGACUAUGAAACAGAUGUUGAGAUGGAUAGAGGAUUCAGUCCUGUUCAGUCCAUAAACGUGCGCAUGCAUCUGUCACAACUUUAUGGUAGUAGCACAACAGUAAAUAUGGUAUGCCGGUGUGUGUACAAGAUGUCCAUGACACGCUUUUUAAUUUGCCGGGACCUGUUGAUUUUACAGCAGCUCUUACUACGGCUUGGAGAUGCUAUACUUUUGGGAGGAGAUCAGCUAUUCCACACUCAACAGAACUUACUACAUCGUACAUCUAUUUUGUUACUAUCUUAUUAUGUGAUAAGGUGGGCAAGUCAGCGUUUGGCAUCAGAUGUUCCUGUUGAUGAACUGGAAUCAAACCUACAGCAUCUUUCGGUAUUAAAGCUAACAGAUUCCACAACAAUAACACCAUUGAAGCUGG